AUGUCUUCGGCGACUGGCUUCGAUGAUGGUCUGAAAGAUGAUUCUGAACUUCUGAGAAGAAGAAGGGAGGAUGAAGUAUUGGACGAAAGUUCGAACACGAUCGAGAAAGAGGAUGUUUCCAAAUUAAAGGUGGCUAAUGUGAGUCCUUUGCUUCGUUUAGAGUCUAUUGUAAUGCCAAUCGUGUUUACUGCUCUAGCGUUUUUUAUCAGAAUGUACAGGAUUGGUAUCAACGAUCACGUCGUCUGGGAUGAAGCGCAUUUUGGUAAGUUUGGUUCUUACUAUCUGAGACACGAAUUUUACCAUGAUGUCCACCCACCUUUGGGUAAGAUGUUGGUCGGGUUUUCGGGUUUUCUAGCUGGCUACAAUGGAUCUUUCGAUUUCAAUUCGGGCGAAGUUUAUCCUGAUUAUGUCGACUAUGUGAAGAUGAGAUUGUUCAAUGCAGCAUUCUCCGCACUAUGUGUUCCAUUGGCUUAUUAUACAGCCAAAAAUAUUGGCUUUUCGAUUCCUACCGUUUGGCUUUUCACUGUUUUGGUACUUUUUGAGAAUUCUUACACUACGUUGGGUAAAUUCAUCUUACUGGACUCUAUGCUGUUAUUCUUUACUGUUGCGUCCUUCUUUUGCUUUGUCACUUAUCAUCAACAGAGAAAGAGACCAUUCAGCAGAAAAUGGUGGAAAUGGAUGUUGUUGACCGGUAUUAGUUUGGGUUGUGCCAUCUCCGUCAAGAUGGUUGGCUUGUUUGUUAUUACCGUUGUUGGAAUUUACACCGUUGGUGAAUUGUGGAUCUUUUUAGCUGACAAGUCAAUGUCUUGGAAGACUUACACAAUGCACUGGAUUGCUAGAAUUCUAUGUUUGAUCGUGGUUCCAAUGCUUGUAUUCAUGGGUUGUUUCAAAGUCCAUUUCGAUCUAUUGUCUCACUCGGGAACUGGUGAUGCCAAUAUGCCAUCACUAUUCCAGGCUAACUUGAUCGGUUCUGACGUCGGUGCAGGACCUCGUGACAUUGCAAUUGGCUCCUCUUACGUUUCUAUUAAAAACCAAGCUUUGGGUGGCUCAUUGUUGCACUCACACGUCCAAACUUAUCCCGAAGGUUCUUCUCAACAGCAAGUUACAGGUUACGGAUUCAAGGAUAGCAACAACUUGUGGUUCUUUGACAGACAAAGAGCCAUGCCUUACUACAACGACAGCGAAACUGAUGUCGAAUAUAUUGUAGCUGGUAUGGCUUAUAGACUGGUGCACAACAGUACUCAACGGAACUUACACACUCACCCAAUCGCAGCUCCAGUUUCAAAAUCGGCUUGGGAAGUUUCUGGUUACGGUGACCAUCUAUUGGGUGACGAGAAAGAUCACUGGGUCAUUGAAGUUGUUGCGCAGUACGGUGACGAGGAUAAAUCAAGGAUUCAUCCCUUGACCACUUCUUUCCGUUUGAAGAAUAUCGUCAUGGAUUGUUACUUGGCUCAAACUGGCCAUCAUUUGCCAGAGUGGGGGUUUAGACAAUCUGAAAUGGCCUGUGUAAAGAGUCCAUUCAAGAGAGAUAAGAGAACAUGGUGGAACAUUGAAAGUCAUGAAAAUGAUGUCUUGCCUCCAAGACCAGAAAACUUCAGAUACCCAAAGACCAAUUUCAUCAAGGAUUUUAUUCAUUUGAACCUGGCAAUGAUGGCAACCAACAACGCUUUGAUUCCAGAGUCUGAUAAACUAGAUAACCUUGCUUCUGCUGCUUGGCAAUGGCCUACUUUGGAUCUAGGUUUAAGAUUGUGUGGCUGGGGUGAUGACAACAUCAGAUAUUUCUUGCUAGGAAACCCAUUAUCCACUUGGCCAUCGACUGCCGCCGUUGUCGCUUUCGGUGCUCUAGUGGUUGUUUUACUCUUGAGAUGGCAAAGACAGUACGUCGACCUAGCAAACCCACAAGAUGCCAGCGUCUUCUUGAUUGGUGGUAUCUUCCCAAUGCUUGCCUGGGGUCUACAUUUCAUGCCAUUUGUUAUCAUGUCAAGAGUCACGUAUGUCCACCACUACUUGCCGGCACUCUACUUUGCCUUAUUAGUCAUGUGCUACUUGUUUGAAGCGGGCCUAAAAGGCUGGACCAAGUCCAAGUGUGGUAAUGUGAUGAGAGUUUGCAUCUAUGGCUCAUACUAUGCCAUCGUCAUCGGAUGCUUCUUUUACUUCUCCCCAAUUUCCUUUGGUAUGGAGGGGCCAGUAUCUAAAUAUGAGUAUCUGGACUGGCUACCAGGUUGGUUCAUUUCCGAUAAAAACAAGGCAUGA